UAAUAUUUUAAACGCUCUUAACAAAAUUCAUAACUUCGUCACGAUAUCUAACUAUCGUUUAAGUAUCGUCGUUUUAGAUGAUUUUGAACAAUACUCACCGUAUCAACUAACUUUUUAGUUUCAAACAGUCCAACUACUCCAUCUGCUCCACAUAUAUAUACCGACAUUUCAAUCUUUUUUUCUGAAAUUGAAAACCCUAACCCCUCAAUUAUUACCCUCUUUCUAAAUUAUGACUCGCCGGUUUAGAUUUCUGCUAACUUCUAACUCCUCCUCCACUUCGCCGGCGGCGGAGGAAGCGGAGCCACCGUCAGCCACGGCAGCGGAGUCCGACUUCAUCGUUAUACUUGCUGCUCUACUCUGUGCAGUAAUCUGUGUUUCCGGACUCAUCGUAGUAGCUCGUUGCACUUGGCUUCGGCGGGACCCACCGGAAAAUCCACCGCCGGUGAAGAAUAAAGGCUUGAAGAAGAAAGUUCUUAAGUAUUUACCGAAAUUCAAGUAUGAUCCGUCGAACGGUGAGCUGCCGUUCGCGGCGGAGUGCGCGAUUUGUCUGGUGGAGUACGUAGAGGGAGAUGAAAUUCGAGUGUUGCCGAAUUGUGGCCACCGGUUUCACCUCCAGUGUGUGGACACGUGGCUUUUGACGAACUCGUCGUGUCCUUCCUGCCGGCAGAUUCUCGUCGUUGCUCGUGCUCGGUGCCGGAAGUGCGGCGAAGUUCCUGCAAUUUCCGGCGAAUCUUCUGACGGAGGUCAAAUUCUAACGCCGGUGUAGUCUACAACUUCCGGUAGG